AGAGCGGCCCAUGUCAGUACGCGUUAUCGUGAAGAAAGAAGCAACCGGAAGGAAGAUGUGGUGGUGGAUGGACGCACAGCCAAGUCCGAGCAGAGCUCCAUCCCAUCCAGACCUGCCAAGUUGAGUACAGUAGGUUUAAACCCCGCAACGCAAACCCCCACCCCCACCGAAUAAUCCCUCCACGACAAUAAUCAACCAUCACCAGCGGUCCACUCCGGGCAGCAAACAAUAAUCAAAGCAGAGACGGAGGAGGAGGAGGAGGAGGAGGGCAGAAACAGCUUUUCUUCUAGCAGGCCCUCCGACUACUUUUAUAUUGGGUGCUGGUGUUUGUUGCAGCUAGUGGGUGGUGGUGCAGGAAUUUUUUAUUCCGGGGGCAGGAAGAAGGAGGACGAGGAGGAGGAACAAGCGAGAGAUAGAGAGAGCGCUCUCCUAUCUUCUUUUGCUUUUGGUAUUGUUAUCUUGGGAUCUGAUUUUGUCCCCAUACAUACCGAGCGGGAGGGAAGGGGGCUUGGGUUUUCUUUCUCCUCUCUUCUCUUCUUCUCCCCUCUCACCCUCUUCUCCUCCCAAGGCUGACUGGCCGUCGGCUCGGGUCUGGGGACAGCAAUCCCUGCCGUCUUGCCAUGCUCCCCACGAGGAGCACACCGUCAGGUCCGCCUCCAUUUUCCUAUUGCUUAAUCAAUCGCCUUCGCAUCAUUGGCUCCUCCCUCCCGCCUGUUGGUUGCAGCACCAGCAGCGGUGACAGAGAAUUCUUUUCGGCGCAUAUUCCCCGGUUACAUGAUUCGGCUCGCUUGCUUGGGCUCUCGCUCUUCUCUGCUUUUCUAGAAUUGUGGCUCGUCCGACCUCGGUGGGUGCAACCGAUCCUUUUUCGUUCCCAUGGGUGCUGUUAUGACCCCAAUGAUUGGCUGGUCUCCUCUCGAUUAUAUGCUGCUUGUGCUAGAGCUCAGGGUUUUCCUGAUCCUUGAGGGCUGUGCGGGCAUACCUGGUCUCUCCGAAUUGUCCAGUUUUUUGGUGUCUGUCCGCCGGGUUCUUGAGCUGGCUUGGGGAUCUGUAGCUUUGAGAGCUUCAUCGGGGAAUUCCUGCGGCUUGGGGGGGUUCUUGCGGUUGUGUUGAGUGGCCUUUCUUGUGGAAGUGCAGGUAUUGAGCUCAGGCUGCUGAAUUCAUGGUCCUCAUUUACCUCAAAAUUCUUGAACCUUUUUAAUUAAAAUUCUUGAUUUUUUAUGUGGGUGCUCGGGGAAACCAUCCCCACUUCUCAACCUGGGCUCAUAAUUCUUGCUUAAUUUCUUGAAUUCAGCGUUUCUUGGUGGUGCUUGAUUAUUGCCGUCUGAUAUUGCACAGUCCUGAGUUUCUAGUUGCUUCGUCAGCAACCGGUAGAGGUGUCUUUUUUGCGGGAUGAUAGAAUUGAGCUUGAUUGCGGUGGAGCCCUUUUGGAUUUGCAGCCGAUUCUUGAAUCUUUUCUUUUCUCUCUCUCCUUGGAUGCCUGCAUGAAAGCCAUGCUCUUAAAGCACGGUUCCUUUUCUUUUCUUCCUAUCAGUUUACUCAUUUCUUUUCUGGAGGUGGCUCUUGUGUUGGAUUACUCCCUUAAUUACUCUCUUAUAUACUUUAUAUGACAAAAAUCUUAGCUCCUUUUUUUUAUCCAAUCCGAGUUGAGUCUUAUUUUCAUUGUCUGUGAAAACAAAGUUUUGCCUAGGACAUUUCUCCUGAUCUCACCUCUUUCAUAUCAUUAAAAAACUGAAAGUUACAGCUGCUUCAGUCAUUUGAACAAGACAUCCCCGUCUUUUCUAGGUGCAGGAGCUCUAAUAAGCCUAGUGCGCACUUCAGUCAUCAGCCAAGUGAUUGAAAAGGGCAAGUCAGCUGAAAUAUUGGUUCCGAGGGCUCUGUAGUUGCUUAUCCACGCUCGCCUAUGCCUUUGCGCUGAUCUUGACAACUCAAAGCUUGGAUAUGGCUACUUAUUACUCGAGCCCUGGCAGUGAAAGAGAUUCACAAACAAUGUACUCAGCAGAGUCAGGCAAUGUAUCAUAUCCCGUGCCAUCAGCCCUAGGGAACUUUCUUUAUACGAACAAUGCAUCUUCUGGACCUUAUACAGAAUUUAGUGGAAUUGUCCAGCCUCAGCAGAAUUUCAUGGAACUUACUGGCCAUCCUUCAGCAAUGUCACAUGAUUCGUCAUCCAAUGAAGCUACCAACAUGGGCAGUUCACUCACUGAACAGCGCUCUUUUGGUCCUUUGAAAGAUAUGAGAAAUGAGAUGUUGAUGCAUUUGAUGGAUGGAGCACACAGCAGUGGCAGUGAUCUCAUCCACAAUGAUGCUCAUAGCACUGUACAGCUCGAAUUUGGCAUGUUAAACAACCACAACUCAACAAGUGUUCCAUUAGCACCAGGCCAAGGGCUGUCUCUGAGCCUCAAUACACAUAUCUUGGCGCCUUCCUAUCCACACUGGUCUGCAAAGCAAGACUUACUAACACCAAAUUCUUACCAGGGUGAUGACAACAGAAUGAAGAAUAUGCAGUCUGAGGCCUCACAGGCAAUCCGGAACUCUAAGUAUCUGAAGGCAGCACAGGAGUUACUUGAUGAGAUUGUCAGUGUUUGGAAGUGUGUUAAACAGAAAACAGAUAAAGGCCCUGCUGAAGCAGGAAAGGCUGAUGGAAAAGAGACUGAUGGGGGGAUUAAAAGUGAGGGGGUAUCUUCCAAUCCGCAAGAGUCUGGUGCCAAUGCAGCAGCUGAGCUUUCAACUGCUGAGAAACAAGAGCUCCAGAAUAAGAUGGCAAAACUUAUGACUAUGUUGGACGAGGUGGAUAGGAAGUACAAACACUAUUAUCAUCAGAUGCAACUUGUAAUGUCAUCGUUUAAUAUGGUUGCUGGUGCUGGAGCUGCCAAGCCUUAUACUGCAGUUGCCCUCCAGACAAUCUCACGGCAUUUCCGAUGUCUAAAGGAUGCUAUCAAUGAUCAAAUUAGUGUUAUCCGGAAGAAACUUGGAGAGGAUGACAAUACAUCCGGCAAAGAGGGCAAACUAACCCGCCUUCGUUAUAUUGAUCAGCAAAUAAGGCAACAGCGAGCUUUCCAACAGUAUGGUAUGCUACAGCAAAACGCUUGGAGGCCACAGAGAGGACUACCUGAAAAUUCAGUCUCGAUUCUCCGGGCUUGGCUUUUUGAACAUUUCCUUCACCCGUAUCCAAAAGAUUCUGAAAAGCUAAUGUUAUCGAGACAAACUGGGUUGACAAGAAGUCAGAUUUCAAACUGGUUCAUCAAUGCCCGUGUCCGGCUGUGGAAGCCAAUGAUCGAAGACAUGUACAAAGAAGAGAUUGGUGAAGCGGAGCUAGACUCCAACUCUUCCUCCGACAACGGGCAGCGAAACAAGGACAAAGCACCAUCUCCCGAAGAAAAUGAGGACCUGCAGACCCCAACAAGCCAGGCUUGCCAAACCAGCCAGCUCGGCCAGUCCAAAGCCAUCGUUGGUGGAGUGAUGGGCUUUAGUGGAGUGCUAGCCGGCGGCUUCCACACCGAGGCCAACCCCGACGACAGCUUCAUGAGCCUGAUGCUAAAGGCCCAGAGACCUGGUGAAACCGAAGGCACCGGUCUCCUCCACGAUGCCGUCGCUCACCACUCGGACGACGGCGCCCGGUUCAUGGCCUACCACCUGGCAGAGUUCGGGAGGUACGGGAACAGCAGCAACGUCUCACUGACGCUGGGCUUGCAGCACGCCGAGAACAGCCUCGCAGUCCCACCAAACACUCAGCCAGGCUUCCCCGGCGUCAGAGACCAAGACAUGUACAACGCCACGGCUCCUCCUCUCAACGUCGCCUCCACAUCUUCAGAGUAUGAUUCGGCGAGCCAAAUUGAUCAGCAACAGCAACGGCAGCGGUUCGAGCCGUCACCUCUGAUGCAUGAUUUCGUGGCCUGAAUUUCAGCUCGCCCACUGGAAAACGUGGGGGAAAACUACUGCCAAUUUGUAGUGUGUGCCAGGACGAAUAACUUGCCUGGACUGAAUUUUCAGGCGUGGGACUGUUAGCUGUAGUUAACGAUUGGGGAUUUGGGGGGUACAGUACAGGAGGUAUAUAGCGUAAAUGUGAUGUAAAUUUAGUGGGGGUGAUAGCGGUAAAGAAAUCCUGUAAAGAUGGAAUGCAUUUAUACGUGUAUUUAAGGGCCAUGCUGUAAAAAUAGAUUUACCUGUAAUGAGUACUUAUGAUCCAGUAUAUAUACUGUGCACGUUGUUGAAACCAAAAAAAAAAAAA